AUGGCGAAGGAAGCCGACGCCGCGCAUCAUGAAUUUACUGUUACAAAAGACUCGGCACAGAAUGUCCCAACAGGAACGGUGAAGCUAGUCGAGGAUGGAGAAAUUGUCCUAAUUCCAACUCCUUCCCCUGAUCCUAGAGAAAAGAGAAAUAUUAACCGCAUAAAAUGUUGUCUAGUCGCCGUACUGAGUGUCCUCAUGACCUCUGGUAUGGGCCCUAUCACAACUACCAUCUCGGCCUAUUACGACGGCAAUCCCAGAACCAACGAUCUGAUGACAUAUCCGACGUUGUUUAUGGGACUCGGAAACGUAAUCGCUGUGCCACUCGCUGAGGCUAUAGGACGUCGUCCAGUAUUCUUAACCUCUGCUCUGAUACUGACAGUCGGAUCAAUUUGGUGUGCUGCCAGUGGUAGCCUGGAUUCGCACAUUGCUGGACGUGAUGUGUUAUCUUUGGCUGCUGGUCAGUCAGAGGCAUUGUGUCCCCUCAUUAUUCAGGAAAUUCAUUUUGUUCACGAGCGCAGCAGUAGGCUAGCAUGGUUCAGUGCCAUCCAAUCUAUCGGCAGCGCAGCCUUGACUAUUGCUACAGCCUACCUUGUUCAGAGCCUAGGGUGGAGAUGGUGGUACGGCAUAUUCGCUAUCAUAAGCGGCGUACUGUUCCUGGUAUCCUUUGUCCUGGUGCCAGAAUCUUUGUAUGAGCGACCCACCGACGCGUUUAGUGGUCAGGUCCAUAUUCAGCAUGAAGGCGAAGACCUAGCCAUUGUUCGUGCCACUACAAAGCGCAGAGUCGAAUUGGACUUCACACGGUAUCAACCGCGUACAUGGCGACACAGCCUAAAGAUUUUCCACGGUCCCGCAAAGUGGUCGGUAGCGAUAGACUGCUGGAAGCACAUGCUGCAGUGUGUCUUGUUUCCCAACAUCCUGUGGAUCGCCUUGAUGAACAGUGUCGUGCUCGGGAUCUAUGUGAUCAUGGUCACUGUGUUCGGAUCCAUCCUUACUGCCCCACCAUACAGCUAUCCCGCCACAGCUUUAGGCCUCGUCCAAGGAGGCCAAAUCGUCGUCUCAAUGAUCCUCGUCCCUGUCAUGGGAUACGGUGGAGACAAGCUCCACGAAUGGAUAGCAAGACGCCGCAACGGCAUAGCCGAGCCCGAGUUUCGGCUGAUUCCCAUAUUACUCCCUGUCGCCGUAUCACUCAUCUCAUGUGUCAUCUUUGGCCAUGCCGGUUCCGACCCCUAUCACUGGUCGCCAUGGGCUAUCACAGUCGGCUUUAAUGGGAUUUACUUCGGCUUCAUCGGCAUCAUCCUCAUUGGAUACACGUAUUCGCUUGAUAGUUAUGGAGAGCGAGCAGGCCCCAUUCUGGUGCUCAUCUGUACCAGCCGUGGCUUGAUCUCUUUCGGGAUUUCUUUUGGCGUCACUAAAUUCGUUGGAAACUUGGGUUAUAAGCAGGCAUUUGAUAUCUGUGCUAUUAUUAUGGGAGUUAUCUCGGCUUUUGGUUUCAUUGUUUUCUUCUUCGGCUCCAAGAUUCGCUCCCUUACGAUGAAGUACGCUGUUGACAAGAAGACUGCGGAAAUUUAG